AUGGCUCCGAUCAAGUCAAUUGCCAUUAUCGGCGCCGGGCCAGCUGGGGCAAUAUGUAUCGAUGCGCUCGCUCAGGAGCAGGAGUUUGACACAAUCCGAGUCUUUGAACGGAGGGAAAAGGCUGGGGGCUGCUGGAUUGAGGAUCCUGAAGCCCAUGUCCAGCAACUUCCGAAUUUUGAGAAGCUUGCUGCUCGCACCCCAGAUGAGACACUGCCAAUCCCAUCAAAACUGCCAGCUGUAACUCCUCACAAUACUCAAUACCGGUAUUCUGAGACCUCGAUUUAUCCAACUUUGGAGACAAAUAUUGACGCUUUUGCAAUGUCAUUCUCUCAAGAGCCAUUCCCAGAAGAGAGGACCCCAUUGAAUAUCCAAAGACAUGGAGUUAACUCGCCCUUUCGACAUUGGAAAACUGUGGAGCGCUACCUACAAGACCUACUGAAUAGACAUGGAUACCAAGGUUGGGUAUCAUACAACACGACAGUCGAAUUGGUUCAUAAAGAUAAGGAGACCGGGAAAUGGAUCCUAACUCUCAGGCAGCCGCUUGAACACGGGAAAGAAGACAAAUGGUGGACAGAGACUUUCGACGCUGUGGUGGUCGCUGCAGGUCACUAUACAGUCCCAUAUAUUCCUCUGACACCUGGUCUUGCAGAGCUCGCCCAGGACUUCCCAGGAAGCGUCGAACACAGCAAAGCCUGGAGGAAUCCAGAAAAGUACCGCAACAAGAGAACAGUCACUGUUGGGGCAUCGAUCUCCGGGCCAGACAUAGCAUACGCACUUGCUGAUGUCGCUGAAACCCCCCUGCAUUGCGUGGUAAGGGGGAAAUACCAUCCCUACUUCUUCGACUUCGCCUUCCAACACCCAAACAUCCUUCGCCGCCCACCGAUCACCCAUAUUAUCUCAAAUCGGGAAACAGAUGAGCGAACAAUAUUUUUCGAAGAUGGGACGAAAUUGGAAAAGGUUGAUCACAUCAUCUUUGGCACAGGCUAUACUUGGACGAUGCCUUUCUUCCCCAAACUCGCCAAAACGAUUCGCAACAAUCGUCUUCCAAACCUCUACCAACAUGUCUUCUGGCAGGAAGACCCUACUCUCUGUUUUGUUGGUGCGAUAUCCGCUGGGUUUACAUUCAAGAUCUUCGAAUGGCAAGCUGUCCUCGCAGCUAGAUUCCUAGCAGGUCGAAUCACCCUCCCCCCACUCAGUGAGCAAAUCAAAUGGGAAGAGGACCGAAUCGCCUACAAAGGAGACGGCGUCCCAUUCACAGCUCUGUACCCAGAUUUUGAAGAGUAUUUCGAGGAAUUGCGGGCAAUGGCUGGGGAGCCGACGGACGGGAAAGGAAGACCUUUGCCUAAAUUUUGCAAGUGGUGGAGACAGGGGUUUGAUAGUGCUCAUUUGUCGAGGAUCGCGAUGUGGAAGAGGGGGAAUGAGGAGGCGAGAGAGAGGACUAGGAGGGAGAAGGAAGGAGUUAGUGUAAAGGAUGGCUUUUUGAAACCUGCAUCUGAGCCAAGUAGCUUGCCUAUUGUUGGGGAUCUUGUUUAGAGUAGUACUUUACUUAACUGAAAUUGGGACUCUG